CCGCUUGAUACCUAAUAUUCUACAAUUCUUCCCACGCCUCUUCGCACUCCGCGCUCACUGACCAUCACCGAUCGAUCCGAAACGCUGACGCCGCACGGGCUAAGAACUCCUGAAAGCUUAACCCGCCAGCAUCAUAUCCACGAAAAUUCCCGCGCACCUGCAGGCAGAGGCGGGAACACAAUCGCAGCCUGGCUCCGUCAGAAGGCAGCCCCGAGUCGCCACGAUAGCAUCGAGAGUGCAGCGACAUUAUGAGUUCCAUCCUCUCGGGGUGGAAUCCCAUUGUCUCAUUCCCCAGCUACCAUGGCCCGUACGAAGUAGGCACUGUCGACGUUGAGAUACCUGUCGCAGACCUUCCCUCGCCUUCGGAAGCGCCUGAAGGCGCAGCGCCAACCAUAUCAUUUCGCAUCUUCUAUCCUUGCGAAAAGCCGAGGGAUGGCGAGACCUCUCGCCCAGUCCGAUGGAUUCCGCAGCCGCAGCGCGCAACCAUUCGCGCAUUUGCUAGUUUCAUAGGAGUAAAGAAUCCUCGAGUUGCCAACCUCAUAUCCUUCAUGCCACAACAACUAUAUUGGAUCACGCUCCCUGCUCACCGAAACGCGAAGCUGCUAGAUCCUCCGACGAGUAGUGAAAGGUGGCCUGUGACAGUCUUCAGCCAUGGCCUGGCCGGCAGCAGGAACGCGUACAGCUACGUGUGUGGAGAUUUGGCCAGCCAGGGAAUGAUUGUCAUUGCACUGGAUCACAGAGAUGGAAGCAGUCCCAUACAGUACGUGAGAGAGACGGCGAGCAGCGAGGCACACAUUGUGAAUCCUACCAAGAUUAGCCAUGAGCCCAGCCAGGGAGUAUACGAGGCAAGAGACAGACAAUUACGCAUCAGGACGUGGGAGAUCAGCACAGCAUACGAGGCGCUUGUGAAGAUCGAUGCGGGUCAGAGACUUGAGAACCUGGACAUCAAUGCGAGCACGAAGCGCAAAGAGCGCGUAGAAGUCUUGGAUCAGUUUGAUGGAAUGCUGGACAUUCACCGAGCAGGGAAGGUGACUUGGGCUGGACACUCGUUCGGAGCAGCGACUACUGUUCAGCUACUCAAGAGCAUUUUCUACGCCCAAGAGAGGCCUUUUAAUGCGGACAAACCCAUCAUCGCACCUAACGCAGAUGCUGCGAUUGCUCAUCAGAUCAUGCCGGAAUCUCCGAUGCUGCUGUUGGACAUGUGGUGUCUGCCGCUGAAGUCGCCCGAUCAGGCUUGGCUUUGGGACAAGCCGCUUCCAUCAUAUGCACUGGGAGGUCCAGCGGGUUCGAAUGUGCUUUCCGUGCUUUCCGAAGCAUUUUACAAUUGGGACGACAACACCAGCAUCAACAAGCACAUCGUUGCUCCACCGACGCUUUCAAGAAGGCCGUCGACCGCACCAAGACUUACGCGAGAACGUGGUCACUUGCUUCCUGACUGGGCGCGACUACGAGACCCAUCACCAUCUCGGGACUCUGGAUAUGCGUCCGAGGUCUCAAGAAGUCCAAUACGGUCUUUGACGCGACAGCGUAGUAGGGCUAGUGGCCUUACGACGCCAUCGCAGGCAGCGUCGUCACAUUUGAGAGGUGCAGUUGCAGCAGCCGACUUGCUUGCAGUUGACACCAACAACGAUAAGCCAGUCAAGACCGAAGGCCCGCAUACUUUCUUCGUUAAACAGAGCCAGCACUUCAAUCAAUCAGACUUCGGCCUGCUUUUCCCUUGGAUCGCGAAAAAAGUGACCAAAGCUGAAGAACCCGAAAUGAUCAUGGCACUCAACAACCGUGCCAUGGCACAAGUGCUUCGCGAAUCAGGCAUUGAAAUUGCUGGCGAGAACGACCCAGACAUCCUAGCCAAGGAUGGCGACGUGUACAAGUGGGUAAACAUUCCUAUCGAGGACGAGCCAGGCAGUCCAGAGGCCAUUCAACGCCUCACUAGAAAGCUCUCGAUCAUUUCAUCGAAGAGUUAUCCAUCACCGAGAGAUGGCAUGACUAUGGGAAUGAAGACGGAGGCACAAUUGCCAAGACUAGAUCUGCCAGACCCAGCGAUAUUAUGAAGGAUGACGGCACAUAUACAAUAGAAUUGCAUUUCAGCGAAGGAGUUUGGAUUGUGAUGGAUUGGUUCGGAGUACCCAGCACCGGCGGCACGCAUCUAGCAUCGGAAGCGCAUAUCAAUGGCAUGGAAAGGAGUCUAUAUUGCAGAAUACUCAUUUCGAAGCAAACAAUUUCGCGCCUGAGC